AUGUAUAGAUCUAUACAGGGAUUGAUACCCCCACUUGCGAUUGCCAACUAUGAUCCCGGCAUGAUAACUUUCUUAUUAUUCACUAUUCGAUGUCCGAUGAAGCGUCGUGUCGGGGAAAUCACUAGUCAAACAACGUCGAUUAUGGGGAGUCAUGUUUGCUUAACAGGGUUAGCAAAGCUCGAUGAUGAUUUGAAGGGUAAACAAGUUUUCCACUUUUCCUGCAGGUUUACCAUCGGUGUGAGACUUUUAAUUUUUGAAGCACAACGAUUAGGAGCAGUGUCAAAAAUACCACCACCACCAAUGCCUACUGGUACUUGGGGUGGCAGCUGGAGUUGUUGGGGUGACAAAGUAUGCGACAAGAAAAAAGGGACAGCAUCAGUAGCUGCAGUAUCACCACCUCAAGCUAUCGAUCCACAAGAAGGGAGGUUGAGAUAAUGAAGUCAUGCAUGGUAAUGAUGGUGUGUGGGAUACAGCAAGAGAAUACGUCCUCUACAAAUAAUAUCAAUUUAUCUCGAAAUUCUAAUACAUUACUUUGAAUACUUAAGUUUCAAUUUUUAAUUAAUAUAUAUGGUCGUUUGAGUAUUCAGUUUGUG